CUUGCUCGAUACGGCCUUUUCGACGAGCAGACACUUCCAUCAGCAUGGAUUGCCCCAUAUCCCCUUCCAUCAACUAUCAGCUCCGGCCUACAAGGACGGCAAUUUCAACCUCCCGGAGAGAGCGAUGUCCCCGGACCGGCUCCGUCGAUUAGCUUAUCCGGGACCCGGACUUCUGGACAGCCCGGAACAUCCCAUCCGAUGGUCAUUCACCAUCAUGGUGUACCUCAUCGUCCGGGAGAAAUAGGGCCAGGAACUGAAGCAAACUGUACAAUGGGAGGUACUGUCGGUCGCGAAGAGACCAUUGAUGGAGCUGAUCACAUCACCUCCCCGCUGGCCUACAGUCUGUCUGCCGAGUUAGCGAGCGUUGGCAAACACAGAUUUCGGCUAACAUAUGUCACGGAUAGACUUUUAGUGGUAAGCUACCCACCGGAUGCACAAGAGGUAGACCACAACGAGGGAGCACGAUGGCUAUGUCAAGCCUUUGAACGACGUUAUGGAAACAAUUAUAGAAUUUUCAAUCUUUCCGGUUUCACGAAAGAACUCCAUCUAUCCAGUCAGGUACCGGUCAUCGAUUUGUUCUGGCCAGUUCCGUUAGCUCCGGGGCUUGAACAGUUAGUUACCGCGAUAGACCAGCUGGACUUCUGGCUUCACAAUCACGAUAAUGGAUAUCAGUUUGGAAUGGGCCAAGACGGGGUCCCGGUCGAUCCGGCCACCAAUCGUGUUGCCGUGCUACACUGUACGGGACCGCGAAGUUUGCUCGCCACUUAUUUGGCGGUGUACAUUUGUCAAUCCAAAGCGCGUUUUGGACCAUUGUGUGGUCAACGACCGGGUUCACCCACGGCACGUGGACUACAGUGGAAUGAGCACCGAUUCAAACGGUAA